UGACAGAGGGAUAAAAAUGACAAACGGAAAUAUCUAUCUUGUUCUCCUAACUCCCAAUUCUAAUUCCUUCAUCGGAUAGACCCAAAAACAGUGCUUCCUCAACAAUUACUAUUGUUUGUUUCUCAAAUUCACACGAAAUUCCUACCUUCUCUCUCUGCGGGAGUUCUCUGGCAAACCCGGUUCCCGUGUUGAUACCCUUUAUCGCUAUCAGCCUAUCAGAAAAUGUUUAAGAUACCAGAUCAUCAGGUUGCUGGCCACCAAGCCAGUAAAGGAAUCAUUGGCCCUCUCAUAGAUAAUUCAGGGCGCUUCUACAAGCCUCUUCAAAGUGAUGACCUUGGCUCCCAGGAGGUGGCGUUCUAUACAAAAUUCUCUUCCAACAAUGAAAUUCCAAAUCAUAUACGCAAAUUCUUCCCCACCUAUUAUGGCACUAAAGAUUUAGAGGCGUCUGAUGGAUCUGGUCUCCGUCCCCAUCUCGUCAUGGAAGAUAUUGCUUCGAUUCGUACUAAUCCUUCUCUAAUGGACAUUAAAAUGGGAUCUAGAACAUGGUUCCCGACAGCUUCUGAAGAUUAUAUCAUGAGAUGUCUUAAGAAAGAUAGAGAAACAACAAGCUUGCCCUUGGGAUUUAGGAUAUCUGGAUUUCAGAUUUAUGGAAGUAAAGACUCUGGAUAUUGGAAACCGGAAAGGAAGUAUGUUCUGGGGUUUAGUACAAAUGAUGUUAGAAUAGCUCUUAGGAAAUUUGUUUCAUCUAAUUUGUCAGAUGAUUUAGUUCCAGAACCAGACUGUGCGUUUGCAGAAAAUGUUUAUGGUGGUGCUGAUGGGGUCUUGGCACAAUUGUUGAAGCUCAAGGCAUGGUUUGAAGAUCAAACCAUUUUCCAUUUCUAUUCUUGUUCGGUUCUGAUGGUUUAUGAGAAGGAAGCAACUCUAAAAGGGGAGGGCCCAGGAGCUACAAUUAAACUGAUUGACUUUGCACAUGUGAUCGAAGGGGAGGGUGUUAUUGAUCAUAACUUCUUGGGUGGACUUUGCUCUCUGAUCAAGUUUAUAUCAGAGAUUCUUGAAAACUUGCCCCAUAAUUCAGCCGAAGUGUGUGUAGGAAUCUCUGAGAAUGACUUAGUUUCUGCCUAUUAAUGGGUACAAGAUAUUACUAGUAUCUGUUGGUAUUUUACUUCUGGUUAAAGUUGAAAGUUAAUUUUACUUGGCUAAUUUGUGACUGGCCAAGAACUGUAUUUUUAAAAAAAAAAAAAUGUGCCAGCAUUGUGCUUUUGUAUUUCUGAAGGUUUUUAUGCUUGUUUAAAAAUAAAAGGGGAAACAAUAAUCCAUUUGUAAUUUGUUUUCUUACAAUGUUUUGCUUUUGGCAAGAAAAAUGGAAAAUACCGCAUAUCCUUCUGGUCUUUGGAACA